UGCAGUACGGCUAUUUUCGUUCGUGAUAGGCCGCCGACAUUUUGUUUUGCACAACUAACGCCAGGAUUUGGAAAACAUGUCAUUGAAUUCUGCCGGGUGGACAAUACAAGACGAUGAAAAAUUAGUUGAUUUGGUGAAACCGCAUCCAGAACUUUAUGAUACGCCUCCAUCUCAAAAGAGUACUUUAGGACAAAUACACCACACGUGGCAGGAAAUAGCAUGUAAAAUCACUAAACCAGCUGAGGAGUGCAAGAAGCGGUGGCGAGCGCUUCACAACGAGUUUAUAGGAAAUAAAUGUUUGGGCACUUUAGUGCACGAACGUAGGAAAACACUUCAGGAGAAGCUGCAAUUUCUGGACGCAGUGAACGUUAAGGACCAAGCCUUGCAGAACGCAGAAGUUGGUAAUCUCAACGCCAGUCUAGCAGACGCAAUGGUAGAGGGAGAAUCGAGUAAGGAGGGGAUAGGAGGAGAGCAGGUCAUAACUGACAACCAGGAAUAUUAUGAGAUAGAGAUAGUGGAUGAAGUGUCUCAAGUGCAGCCGACACCUAAUAGGCCCUUCAUCAAACUGUUACCUGCGAGCCAAGUAAAAACCGAGCCAGCGCCAAAGAAAAUUGUUAAAAGAAAUGUGGGACGAAAAAAAUCUGUACCUAUACCGCCUAAUUUGACUCCAGUGAAAAUAUUACCAAAACCUUUGAUACCUAUGAGAGAACCUAGGAUAGUAAGAUGCAUCGAGACACCAAAAUCUUUGGAACAGAGAUCUCAGACUGUCGAUAAACUCAUCGAGAAAGUUAUAAGGGAGAGCACAAAUGAAAUAGAUGUAUUCUUCAGAAGUAUGGCAGCGAGUGUAAAGAAGUUGCAACCAAAUUUAAUACCCAAAGUCAAGAUGGAAGUGUGCAAUGUUAUUGCUAAAUAUGAAAUGCAAAAUUUUGAUAAGACUUCUUAGAUUGCUAGAUGCCAAAUAUGAUACAAAAAGUUAACUAAAACCGUAAGAGCUAUAGCUCACCGGAACGCCACGGCGAUGUC